AUGACAACUGACUUUUCUCCUGUCAUUAUCAUUUUUGACAAAGUUCUAGAGAUUCAUUUUUCCAGUGCUAGGUUUAAGGAUCAAGUAGGAGAUGCAGAUGGUGCUUGUGCAGCAUUGCUUCUGUGUGAUGAAAAGAUUGAUUCCAGCUUCAUUGAAAGUGUUAUAAAGCAAGCUAACAUGGAAAAACAUCUGGGCAGUUUGGCAGCAGCUUCUGCUACGUAUGAGAAAUGCCAUAAACUAGCAUCAGAUCAAAAAUUUGCAUAUCCUUCCCUCACUGUAUUUUCACUUAUCCAGGCUUACAUUUAUGGUAAGAAACUUGAGAAAUCCAACUUUGCUGCAUCGGAAUAUUUCACAAUUCAUCUUGUGAUUUGGGCACUUCUAGAUAAUGGUUUCUAG